AUGGCGAACAGUUGUCCGCAACCUCCGCUACCGAGAGUUUGCAACAAGUGGUUGGCCAAUGGCCGACCAGCAGCAGAAUCGACUAUUCUAGUAACUGGAGGAGCAGGGUACAUCGGUAGUCAUACAUGCGUUCAGCUGCUACUAGAGGGCUACAGAGUGGUUGUGGUGGACAACUUGGACAAUUCAUCAGAGCAAGCCGUGAAGAGAGUGGCGGAGCUCGCAAGCGAAAACGGCAGGAACCUAAGAUUCUUCAAGGUCAGCCAAGAGUGCUUUUUGAAUGAAUUUUGUUACAUUAACAUUAUCAUUCUUCAGAUCGGUCAAGAGUGCGGUUCUGGCACUGGCCUGACUCGUCGUACUCAGGUUGACUUACUUGACAAGGAAACACUCGAAGAGCUCUUCAAUCAAAUUCACUUCGACGCGGUGAUUCACUUCGCGGGGCUGAAGGCCGUGGGAGAGAGCGUCAAGUUCCCGCUCAAGUACUACCAGAACAACGUCACCGGCACGCUGAAUCUGCUGGAGGUCAUGAGCGACCACGGCUGUAAGAAGAUCGUGUUCUCUUCGUCAGCCACGGUGUACGGCCAGCCGAAGCAAGUACCCUGCACGGAGAACGACGAGCUGCAGACGCUGAACCCGUACGGCCGAUCCAAGCUGUACAUCGAGCGCGUGUUGCAGGACGUGUACGCUUCAGACGUGGCGUGGAGCAUCGUGCUGCUGCGCUACUUCAACCCCGUGGGCGCGCACCCCAGCGGGCGCAUCGGGGAGGACCCGCGCGGCAUCCCCAACAACCUCAUGCCGUUCAUUCAGCAGGUCGCCGUGGGCCGGCGGACGCAUCUGUCGGUGUUUGGGAGCGACUACCCCACACGCGAUGGCACCGGGGUGCGGGACUACAUCCACGUCAUGGACCUUGCUGCAGGCCAUGCAGCAGCGCUGAGGCGAAUAUUCACGUGCCAGACAGGAGGCUGUGACGUGUACAACCUGGGCACAGGCAAGGGCACCACAGUGCUGGAGAUGGUGGCUGGAUUCGAGAGGGCAUGUGGCCAGAAGCUUCCUGUGAAGUUGUGUCCCAGACGACCAGGAGACUGUUCCGAGGUCUUUGCAUCCACAGACAAGGCGCAACAAGACCUCAACUGGAGAGCUACACGCACUGUGGAGGACAUGUGCCGGGAUCAGUGGAACUGGGCGAGGCAAAACCCAAUGGGGUAUGCAGCAGAUGAAGAUAUCUCGCUUAUCGUCGUCCCUUUCGCGCGCGCCGACGAUGACGUUUCCGUUAGUACUGCGGAAUCAGAUGUUUUUUUGGAGUCGGAUAAUAAUUCUGACGAUCCCUCGGAUAAUAUCUUGGGAUCUACGGAGGUGAAUCAUAUCCUCUCCAAGCUUCCCGCCAGCCACCCGCUGCUCGGCGCGCUGCGCAAUCCGGCGGAACACUUCGCGCGUUUCAUCCACCGUUUCAACAAGUCGUACGCGGCGGAUCUCCGCCAGUACCGCGCGCGCCUGCGCAUCUUCCGCGCGAACCUCCUCCGCGCGGCGCAGAUCCAACUCCAGGACCCCUCCGCGGAACACGGCGUGACCCCCUUCUCAGAUCUAACCCCGGAAGAAUUCGCCAAGACGCAUCUCGGCCUGCUGCCCGUUGAUUCCGCGCGGUCCGCUCGCAGCGCGCUUCUGGAGAGCCUUAAAGCGGAGGGACGGCUGGAGCGGUCCGAGCUGCCGACGGGGGAUCUUCCGGAGGAGUUUGACUGGCGCGAGAAAGGAGCGGUGACGGGCGUUAAAAACCAGGGCAUGUGCGGGUCGUGCUACGCUUUCAGCGCGGUGGGCGCGUUGGAGGGCGCGCACUAUCUCGCCACGGGCGAUUUGAUCAGCCUUAGCGAGCAGCAGAUUGUCGACUGUGACCAUAACUGCGAUCCUAAGGAAAAGGAGGCGUGUGACUCGGGCUGCGGCGGCGGCCUGAUGAACAACGUGUUUCGUUACAUCGAGAAGGCUGGCGGCUUGCAGACGGAGCAGGAGUAUGGCUACACGGGCAGGGAGGGGCUCUGCCAGUUUGAUGCAGGGCGGGUGGCUGCGAGGGUUGAGUCGUUUGUGGAGGUGCCUCAGAAGGACGACCAGAUGCAGGCGCACCUGGUCAAAUACGGGCCUCUUGCAGUUGCUCUCAACGCCAACUGGAUGCAAUCAUACGUGAAAGGCGUCUCCUGCCCUCUGCUCUGCAACCGUCAUGCCCUGAACCACGGUGUGCUCAUGGUAGGGUACGGUUCCCAUGGGUUCUCCCCUGCUCGCCUGCGCUACAAGGACUACUGGGUGAUCAAGAACAGCUGGGGCAGCUCGUGGGGCGAGCAGGGGUAUUACAAGCUGUGCCGGGGGAAGGAUGAGUGCGGGAUCGAUUCUUAUGUGUCUGCUGUGGUGGCUGUCAAGCCGGCUUCUGCUGCUGCUGCUGAUGGUGCUGAAGCAGGGGUAGCGACCGAGUAA